UUACCAUUAGCUUAGAGUACAUGCCCAACGUUAUGCUAUACCCUCCACACGCACACCCCUUCUCUAGUUCAUGUUACCACUUGUUUUCUCCUAGUUGCUGGGUCAAACUCUAAUAUGAUUACAGUUAUCAACUUGUAUAGAAAAUUGAAAAGAAAGAUCUUGCAUUAUAUGAUUAGGCUUAAUUUUUAUCACAUUAAACAGCCUUCUCAGCUCAUUAUCUCGUUCAUAUGUAUGUUAUUGGGCAUCUAUUGUCCAUCUAUAUACAUGUCUGCAUUCAUAUCAGCGUGAACAUAAUUGGUACUAAUUAUUGUGAAGACACUAAAGAAUUCCUUAUACGGUACCCAUUUGAGGUUGGUGGGGUUAUGAGGCAAAACAUAGAGCUCUUGGGUCUGAUGGCACAAAUAUCUAACAGGCUGGUCAGCUAAUUAAACACUGGUGUAUCUUGGCAUAAAAAAAAACUCGUAAUUUGAUUUAGGAUUGAAUUAGCUGCUUAUAUUCCAACAAGGCCAUUGAACGAUGGAUCUUAGUUCAUUUAGUUCACUAGUGCCUGCGUAAGAUACUGUUGUGUCUGGGUGAGGAUGGACAUGAGUGAAUUGGGUGCAAUGUUAGUAACCCUUGCCAACAGCUCUAUUUCACCAGCAGUUGGCACAAACCAGCUGCCAGAGACGAUUGCUGGAUUUACAGUUUGACAUCAGAAUGUGCUGUUAGGUGAUGGAUGUUUCAAUCUUCAUAUAGAGUGUUAAUUCUAUCAACAGAUUUAGACAUUGGCAAAUUACUGAUUGUGAUUCUUUUGCGUUCUUAGACGAGCAUUAUUAUUCUUGGGUUAUGUUGGUCUGAUGAUUCUUUUAAGGCUUUAUACUAUUUUUUGAACCAUUUAUAGUAACUCUGUGUGGUCCUCUCAUUUCUUGGGGUUUCAGACGCCUUAAGAACCAUAAUGAAAGAAGAGGGAUGGAGAGCACUCUACAAAGGUCUGGUGCCUGGUCUUUUUCUGCAGGUUACACAUGGUGCUAUUCAGUUCACAACAUACGAGGAACUUCGCAAAUUUGCAAUUAAUUAUAGGACCGACGGAAGUGAGAUAAAUUCUAUCACUGCUGACACUUCACUGGAUUCAUUUGAUUAUGCAAUAUUAGGGGCUUCUUCAAAACUAGCUGCCAUUCUUUCGACGUAUCCAUUUCAGGUUAUCCGAGCUCGCUUGCAGCAACGGCCAAGCACCGAGGGGAUUCCGAGAUACAUGGAUAGUUUGCAUGUAGUUAAGGAUACUGCACGGUUUGAGGGUGUACGAGGUUUCUACAAGGGUAUCACUGCAAAUGUGCUGAAAAAUGCUCCAGCUGCUUCAAUUACAUUUAUAGUGUAUGAGAAUGUAUUAAAUACGUUGAAAUUCAGGAGGAAAGAUUAACGAUUUUACUUUUUAUUAAAUUUUUUGGUGUAGGGCUUCCUUUUGAAAUUCUUUUUGUAGCAUUACCAUAGUGAAAUUUGUAAUGUUAAGUGCGAAAAAGGGAAACAUAUGGCACUAGUUGCAAUAAUUGGUUGAUUAUGUAGAAUCCGAUAUGUUUACUGUUGAUGUCCCAUUUUUUA